AUGAGAUUGCUAAUUGUCUGCCUCAUGUGCUUGCUGCUGGACUGCCUGGUGGUGCUUCCUGACACUGAAUGUCGAAACCUGGAUCAAUCCAUGGAAAUUAGAAAUCCUGACAUUGAUCCCUCCUGGUACACAGGGCGAGGUAUACGACCUGUGGGACGAUUUGGGAGGAGAAGAGCAGCUGGAGAGAGCACCCAGCUAUCCAGCCACAGGCACCGGCAAGCUUGCUUCCCUAUAGAAGAGAACAACAUUGCUCUGCAAGAUGAAUGA